GGGUUGAAGCUGGUCUGGGCGUGUGUGUAUAGUGGAGCAGCUACACUGCUGGUCAAAUAAACUCUGGGCUGUAAAACGUGCUCUCAGGGCAUGGAUUUGACUUUUUCGCUAGUAAUUUUUCAUUUGCGUCCACUGGUCUGGUCAACAUUAACAGGUUCAAAGACAUUAAAAAGGAUUAAAGAAAUGUGAGUAAAUGUGCCAAAAGAAUAACCAAGUCACAAGGUGCGCGAGCAGGUGUGGUAUAGAAAACACGGCUCCAACAGUAAGGAAGGAGGAGACGGGGUUACCUGGGAGUUGCCAGCCAUGGAGGUCAAAGAUCAGUUCAUCUCAGCACUAGACUCUCUUACCUGUGCGGAGGGCAAGCAAAGGGAAAGAAUGGCGGAGCUGCAGGAGAGGAGGCGCAGCCUGCAGGCCUUGCUCAGCGCUCGAUUGGCCGAGCUAAAACGCAUCUGUCUGCAGGAGGCGGAGCUGACAGGCACAGUGCCCGAUGACUUAUCUCUGGAGAAUGGAGAGAAACCACUGUUUGUCCGACGGAGGGGUGGAGCUUACUGCCAAGGAAACAGAAAGUCCAGGGCUGAGGAAGAGGAAUGUCAGCUUUCCAGGUUGAAGAAAACCUUGUUCAGCGGAACCCUGAGGAAACACAGUGAUUCGGAACACAGCACACACACGCUGACACACACGCACCAUGGCAAACGAACUGUACACAGAGGUUGUCACACAGAUGACACAGUGAGGUCAGAAAGCAGCUCCGUGGCAGAUUCUACAGGGAACAACAAUGUGGAUGUUUUCUACCAGAACAAAGCCAGAAGGAACUCACUGCUCAACCGGAUUAAUCAUCUAGAGACAUUGCCACCCAACAAGCCACUCCCUCAGCUGCCUACCCAUCAUCCCCCUCUAUCUCAGGACUCCUCCACUGGACCCUCUGACUUUGGACAUACAGCAAAUGGCACCAUCCUGGUGAAUGGAGCCCGUGGUAGUAGCAGCUCAGACAUUCUUCUGGACAACAUCAACACCUCAAAAGAAGUGUUAUUCCGAGGAACGGCUCCUGCUGGAACGUGCCAGAGCACAGAGAUUAUAACUGUUGGACAAGCAAAGCUAUAUAACGGACCUAGCGAGGUGGGAGGACAAGGGGGAGGAGUAGGACGCGGAAGUGGGCACGCUGAGGUUUUAUUAGAUUACGUCUGGGUAAAACAGCAGCAAAUGAAGCAGUCACAGCCAGGUAGCAGGCAGCCAAUCACAUCGCAGUUUUACAAUGGCUAUUUCACACAGGACCAGGGGCGCCUGUCAUCUCUCCACAGCCACCUUGCAGAACCACGACAAGUCAAAGUGACCCGUACCAAAUCUUGUGGUCCUUUUCUCCCAGGGCAGCAGAAACAACAGCCUAAAGACCAAAAUUUCUCUCAGUCCACCAUCCUGCCUGACACCAAGUCCCACCCAAUGCCUCCUAUACCUUCAAAACUACCACCCAACCAGAAUGCGCAACUAGAAGAGGCCACAAGAAGCCUCCACAAAGCCCUGGCCCUUGAAGGUCUGAGAGACUGGUACCUGAGAAACACAGUUGGUUCUUUUCAGCAGAUCCACAACAAUGGAAAGCCCCCCUUCGGGUUCACAUCUGGGUUGCUCGCUAAUGUAAACGGCUGUGUCAAGGGUCAGUCAGAAAGGGGCACAGCUCUGCAGCAAAGAGUAACCAAUCAGGGUGUCAUCCAUCCAGCAGCAUAUUCCACAGAGAUGAAUGGUCACACCACACUGUCUCAUCAUCAACAGAAGCUGCCACAUUCUGCAACAUUCCACGGUCACCAGCUGCAUGGGCGGUAGGUCUGUGGACACUUUGCUUAACCACGACUCGUUUCCUCCUCAGCAACAGGAAGUUGAUUUUAGGGAGUCAUUUGGGGAGCAGCUAUCUCCUGGAACCUUGGUCUGACUCAACUGUCCAAUCAGGAUGUACCAAUCAACAGCUCCCACUGUUCUUGCUCAGACAAUCAGGAUACACCCAAUGACUUUUGCUGACACUGAUAGUGAUGACGAUGACAUGACCAGCUAUGUCCUGAAAACCAGCAAUUUGUAAAUGUUUUGACCGAAACUAAUUUAGAAUAAUCCUAUCAGGUGAUGCGUUUGAGUCCUCAGGUGAAUCCUUUGCAAAACCAGCAUGUAAAGCUGUAAAGGUUUUUUUUCUACUCUGCAAUAAAUGGUGUCCACAUCAGAAAUGUGGACUGUCUAAAAGACUUUCACAGGACCAGGAGCCACAUUUAAAAAAAGAUGUCAAAACCAGCUGUACAUUUUUUUUUAAUAUUCCCUGCACUCUUUGGUAAAACUUCAAACCUAAUUUUGAUGGCAAUGCUGUUAGCCUGUACAAGCCUAUAAGCAAUUCAAGGCUAGUUUUUCUGUGUAAACCCACUUGUGAUUUUGACCAGUUACCCAGUUAGUCAGGGUUUAGCUUCUAGCAAGUUAACUCCAAAGGCUUUAGGACAGUCUCAGAGUAUGGAUCUGUUUAAGAGUUGACCAUUAACAUUCUAGUUAAGAAGGCUAUUAGUCUUUGUGACAGCCAGACCCUUAUCCUAUUAUCCAACUGUCAUGUCUUGACUUUUAGCUAGUUAUGCAUUAGCUCUGAGAACCUAAUCUGGCUUUAUCGUUUGCCAUAGUAAUCAAGAUAGUUGCAUUAAUGUCAGGCUGUUUUGUACUUCAUCCAGACAAGAGAAUUAAAUGGUUUUCCUUAGCAAGUAAGGCUGUAAUUGGCACUCAGGAUGUCGGCACAUUAGCGAGUCAGAGUACUUGCCAUGCAUAUUGUUAGUAUAUCAGUAGAUCAAAAUACCCAUGUGUCAGGUUGUUUGACUCCAAACCCAUUACUCUAAAUGAGCCAAAAGCAUAUUUUCGGUAUCUACCUUUGAGAUGUAGACCAGCUCUAAAACUGGUCUCAGGUCAUUUUGUAAGGAUAUGUUCAAUUAGUUUGAAAAGACAGUAUGCCAUUGAUUUCUUUCCAUACUUAAAUUCUUUGAAAGACAUGUCCUAUGAGAUCAGAUCUGAUUAGGUCCAGGACUGAUGAGCUGCACACCUGACCUAAGACCUAUCAAGUCCAGAGCAAUAAGAAAAACUAUUUUUUAAUUUUUAUAUUUCACAUGUUCCAGAUGAGAAUGUUUGUAGUGACGAUCAGACGGUGAUGUCACAACGUCAAAGGUUAUAUACUCUUGCACUGAACUUAUGUAUUUUAAACCAUAUGAACAUUUGGAAAAUUUUGAAUGUCCCAAUUUAGUUCAAUUUUGCAUGGAAAAAAAGACAAAUCUUUGUUUUCUGCCUUCUCACGUCAGAUUCUCAAGUCAGGUCAUUCUGUAGGUCAUACAACAGCAGUUACAUAGAAACACUAAACAACAGUGAUGUAACUGCAGGAAA